AUGGCCAUUCAGUCGCAAUCCACUGUAUCACUGCCAACACUGAAGUCUCAAUCGACGCAGAGUCUUUUGAAUCGAAGAGUUUCCGUGAAUGAUUCGCUUUAUCAUGUCUGUUUGACCGUCAAAAGGAGGCUAGAAUGCUUGCCCCAAAUUAAGCCGUACUUAAACCUGGCAUAUGCAAGUAGUGAGCUACUAAGCGAGCGUCAGGCUCUAUUACUAUCUCAAAAGCAACAGCUGAGUCAGAUGCAUCAUAGGAGCGUGGGGUCCAAUAUGAGUGCGAUGUCUGGCUCGAGCACACCUAAAGGAACCUUAGGUAGCCGUGCAAGCUCUAUAUCGGCUAAUAGCUUUCAUGAGGAACAAGAUGGAUCUGCUGUAAAUAUGGAAGAGACUGUUCUGACAUUCAGCAUGGGUAUACUACCCAUAUCUAUGGAUUGUGACCCUGUCACACAACUGUCCCAACUUUUUCAGCAGGGUUCUCCUCUUUGCAUUAUUUUCAAUGCUGUAAAGCCACAACACAAACUACCUGUUGUAUCUUCUGAUGACUUGAAAAUUUGCAAGAAAUCCAUCUAUGAUUUUAUUUUGGCUUGCAAACAACAUUUCUCAUUCACCGAUGAAGAGCUCUUUACUAUCUCGGACGUCUUCUCGAAUUCUACGAACAACUUUAUCAAAGUGUUGGAUGUCGUGACAACACUACUUAAUUCUGCAACUCAGGUUUUUCCACCAACCACUGUUGAGGAUAUAUUGUGGAGUAACACCGAUCACGGGAAAAUUAUUCGAGAAUUUGUCGAAACAGAAAGGAAAUACGUUUAUGACCUCGAACUACUAGAUAAGUAUAGAAAUCAACUUCUUUCCAAUGGUAUCAUUAACUCUGAAGAGCUGUAUAUGCUAUUUCCCAACCUGAGUGAUAUUAUCGACUUCCAAAGACGAUUCCUAAUAUCUAUGGAAAUAAACGGAAGAGUUGACCCUCAGAGGCAGAGAAUUGGUGCUUUAUUCAUGCAUUCUAAGCAUUUCUUCAAACUCUACGAACCGUGGUCUAUCGGACAAAAUGCUGCCAUUGAUUUCAUUUCCUCUAGUUUUGAUAAGAUGCAAGGCGCCGAUUAUGUCAUCGGUAACAAGCUUGAGUUACAAUCAUUUUUAUUAAAGCCAGUACAAAGACUGUGUAAAUACCCACUUCUCUUGAAAGAAUUACUUCAGCAAUCAUCCGAUUUUGGCAAUCACAAGGAGCUCGAAAUGGGAUUGGAGAUAUCAAAAAGCAUUGCAAGAAGCAUCAAUGAAAAUCAGAGGCGAACGGAAAACCAUGUGGUUGUAAAAAAGCUUUAUGAACGUGUAGUCAACUGGAAAGGGUACCGAAUUGCAAAGUUCGGUGAACUACUUUACUUUGAUAAGGUAUCCAUCUCUACAAACAACUCGAAUGAACCUGAACAUGAAUUUGAAGUAUAUCUCUUCGAGAAAAUUAUCAUACUAUUCAGUGAUGUGAUUCAAAAGAAAAGUAACUCUAUUUCCUUAAAAAAGAAGAACAGUACUGCUUCUUCUUCUACUCUACAUUUGUCCGGUCAAACUUCGGGUAGCUCUAACUUUAGUAACGGGCCUGGAGAACCUAAGUUGGAUUUGAGAGGCAGAAUAAUGAUAGUGAAUCUUAACCAGAUCACCCGCGUCAGUACCCACUGUCUCAACAUAACAUGGGAAUCUCCAAAAGAGCAAGGUAACUUCAUCUUGAAGUUCAAAAAUGAAGAGACAAGAGACAACUGGUGCAGCUGUUUACAAAAUUUACUGCGUAAUAUCAGAAGUGAGUCAUUCAAGAGUGUCAAUAGCACCAGUGAUCGCUCUUCAUUUUCCUCUGCUCAAUACAGUCAGCCUCACUACAGUAUGACUUCUUUGGGAAGCUCACAAGCGAGAAGAAUAUCGGAUGUUCUUCCUAAACAUCACGCGCACCAAUCUUUCGAAAACGAAUACAGGUCCAUUUCAGAAAACUAUAGAACCUCCAUACCUGAGACCAUGAUUUUGGUAAGAGUCUCAUUUAACAAUGAUUUCUACACUGUUUUGGUAGAACUCGACUCUAGCGUAUUAAAUGUUCUUCAAAUUGUGAAAAGAAAACUCACGCAUGCAGGGGAAAUAUCAAAGAUCAAGUAUCAGGAUGAAGAUGGUGAUUUCGUUAUGCUCGAAAGCGAAGAUGAUUGGAACGUUGUGAAAGACAUGCUAAGAGAAAGUAGCGAGCGAAUACUUAACGUCUGGGCAUAUACCUCAUGA